AUGCUUGACGUGGCGACUAUUUACUUUGAUGAUUUGUUCUCUUCACAGGGACAGGAUGAUUCCCACCGUAUCUUGGAGGGGGUUGCUUCUUGUAUUAUAGAUUAUAUGAAUGUUGCACUUUUGGCCCAAUUCACGAUGGCCGAUAUCCUUUCUACUCUAAAAUCCAUGGCCCCGAUGAAGGCUUCUAGACUAGAUGGACUUCCUGCUUUGUUUUAUCAGAAAUUUUGGCACAUUGUUGGACCCUUUGUUAGUGAUUAUUGUCUUGGUGUUUUAAAUGAGGGCAUGCUUAUUGCGGUUAAUAGGUUUCAAUUAGUGCUCCAUUUGUGUGUGGAUAAGGUUCAAAGUUCGUUUGUUCCUGAGAGGUUGAUUACAAAUAAUAUUAUUUUGGCCUAUCAGAUAUUCGAUGUGUUUCGACGCAAGCAGUGGAGUAGGAAAGGGCAUUUUGCCUUAAAGUUGGAUAUAAGCAAGGACUACGAUAGAGUGGAGUGGGUCUUUCUUGAGCAGAUGAUGUUGCGAAUAAGAUUUUCAGACCGUUGGGUUAGUCUUUUUCUCCAUUGUGUUCGAUCUGUCUCCUACUCAGUAACCAUGAAUGGGGAGGUCAGUCGUCCAUUCUCACCGGGUCGAGGUCAUUGA